AUGGACAUAAAACGUUCUCCUCCUGAUGUCAGUGUCUUAAUGAAUCAGGCAUCUACCUGCGUAAAUUGCCUAGCUGAUUAUAGCACUAUCUACUCGUUGAAUGAGAUGGUUGGCCGGCUUGGAUUUGACCUACUUAUUAAACUUGUUAGAUCUGAUCCAACUGAUUUUAUGUCUGACAGGGAGAACAAGAAUCUCACUGGAACAGCACGGUAUGCUAGCGUGAAUACUCAUCUUGGUGUUGGUACGUUCCUCAUGUUUCAAGGGUUGAAAGCCGGAACAAAGAAGCAAAAAUAUGACAAGAUUAUUGAAAAGAAAAUGUUAACUCCAGUAGAGGUGCUGUGCAAGACAUUUCCAACCGAAUUUGUCUCGUACUUCAAUUAUUGUCGUUCUUUGCGGUUUGAAGACAAACCAGAUAACUCUUACUUGAAGAAGCUUUCUCGGGACCGCUUUAUUCGAGAAGGAUACCAAUUUGACUAUGGGUUUGACUGGACUCGUUUGAAGUAUCCACAGAUGGAUGCAAGUACUAAAGCAAGACAACCUCUUGUAAGAAAUGCUCCAGUUGCCGGCCCAUCAAUGGUGAAGGCAGAAAGGUCAUCAGUUGGCCAAGAAAUUCAUGAUAGAUUCGCAGGUGCCGUGGAAGCAUUUGCUAGAAGAACUGGUUCAGCUGCUGCUCAUCAUGGUGAGCAUUCCAAGCACAAAACUCUAGAUGACGCACCACUGCCAUCCAAACAAAAUAUGGACAUAAAACGUUCUCCUCCUCAUGUCUGUGUCUUAAUGAAUCAAGCAUCUACCUGCGUCAAUGGCCUAGCUAAGGAUAGCACUAUCUACUCGUUGAAUGAGAUGGGUUUUCAUGACAUUGUUCUGAGGCUUAGGAAAGUUGAAUAUGAUGAAAUUUAG